AUGGAGGAGCACCGCACCCUGAUGGAUGCGGUAGUAGAGAAGGUUCAGUCCACCAAGAGCAGACUGAACGAAGCUCUUACCAGCCUAUUGACAGGCUUCGAGGGAUGCGAUGCUUCCCUGUUGGCGGCAACCGCCCAGGCCGCUGGAGUUUCUGAACUCAAUCGGAAACUGAAGUUGGCCGAUGAUGAAAUCGACCGCAUUAACAAGCGGUUCGAUGAGAUGCAAGUGGGUGCAGCCGAGGUCGAGACCCUCAAAGGCACCCUUGCCCAAGCCCAAAAAGAGGCGAAGGCAAACAAGGCAGCCGCUGACAAAGUGGCUGCAGAGCUGAAGACCGAACAGGCCGCCCGCCGACAACACGAAGCUCGGGUGGCCGAGGUCGAGCGGGAGCUAAAGGACGCCAUCCUCAAGUGCGAGGGUUUGGAGGAGAAGGCUUCGGCACAAUCGUUCGAACUAGCCAAAGCUCUUCAAGAUGCUAAGGCGGCACAGGUCGAGUCCCGAAGUGCUCACAAGGAGAUCCACCAGGCGAAGCAAAUAGCGGCUGAUCUUCCAAGGAGUGCCACUGAUGCCAAACAGUUCUUCUGA